AUGGCCACACCCGGUGGCGUAUCGGCCCUCGUCGCCGCCUUCGCCUUUGGAAUCGUUGUUAACGCCGCGUCCGCUGCACUGUUUUUAUCUAUCAAGGCCGGUAAUGGAUCCAUCUUUCGGGACGGCCAGAGGCUGGUCCUCGCUACUUUUCUUCUAAGCGCCGCUCUAUGGGCUCAGAUCGGCUUCAUAACCACCGCCGUGGAUGUGAACGCCGCCAGCGCGUGCUCAAUCACCGCCAUCUUCACCACCGUCUUCGACCAACUCGCGCGCUUCUCCAUCGAACAGUUUCUGCUAUGGGCUAUCAACAGCGGAACCCCCGUUGGGGUGGGACAGUACUUCCAACAGGCUGUUCUCCUGGCUAGGUUUGCUGUCGGCUUCGUCUUUGUGGGCUUUACCAGGAGACAGUCGACAGAAGUCUGCGCGCCAGUCUCGUCCAUGCUUCCGAUCGCCAUCAUUGUCGUGGGGUUGGACGUCGUGAUCCUGGCCAUGUUGACCGCUCGGGCCUACACCAUCGGCGUGUUCAGCAGCGCCAAGGCGUCACCCGACAGCGUGAGAAUUGGUGCUGCCCGUGGCAAGGCGAUUGUCGCCAUCCUGGUCGGCUUUGCCAUUUGGACUGCCACGAGCGUGACGCUGCAUAUAGGGCAGCCUACAAUUGACCUUAUACUUAGAACCGCGCUUCCCGCAGCCGGUAUUACCAUCUUAAUAAUUAUUGUGACCUCAUCAAUCGACUCUUUUGCGACCGAACCCAAACCUCGCCAUUCACGACAGCCAGAGUCGCCAACCAGACAACUCGACACCCGCGACCUGACCACUGCUGGCUCUGAAGAGUAUCCCCCGAUUCAUUACGAAGACCUGAAACGCGACGAUACCAACGUUUACGUGCAACCUCGGGCGAUUGGCGGAGGCAUGGGCAACACCACCAUGAUUGGGGUUGGAGGACAACCAGUGACGGGAGUGCUGUUUCCCCCCAUGAGGGCUGUGACGGAGCCUAUCACGCCUGGAGCACGAAAGGCCGGUGUGCCGGUGAAGAAGGCUGCAUUUGAUGCCAAUGGCAAGCUGAUCAUCUCGCAGCCAAUCCUCGAGGCCACGGGGGACCUGAAUCCGCUUAACAAGAUCCCGACAAUGGAUCUUGCAAAGGCGGCCGAGAUGGACAGGGAAAGGCGCCAGGAGGCACUGCAGCUCCUCCAGAGGGAAUCUGCUCUUAUUGCCAAACGGCCUGCACCGCAGCCCCCGAGAGCCAACUCGCCAGAGGAUUCAUUGAUGCGCGCUAGGAGCCUGAAGCGCAAGACAAACAUGACAUUGAGCGGCGGAAUCGUUGGGCAAGCAACAAUGACCAGAGCGGAACCGAUGCCAGUGCCUAUGCAAACCUCGGCUACGACGACGUCGGCAGAGCUUUCGCCUGGAGUGGAGGAGAUCCGCAGGAGAUCUCCUAGACAUAAUCCUGAAGCCGAAAGCCUCAGUGCUAUGCCAUCUAGAACCGAGCUAUCGCCAAGGCGGAGGUCCCAGGAUAGCGAAGUUCUGCCAUCGAGAUCACCGUCCCAUCGGUCGCGUAAAACCCCCUCCCCUCCUCCAGCUCGUACGCCACAGGACGCACCCCCCAAGGUGAUCGGCGCACCGACGAACACGGAUCGUGCCAACAUGGCACCAACCGCCAACCAGUUCCAAUCAGCCUUUUACGCACCGAUCAGACCGUCUCGUCAACGUAGCAAGUCUGAAGCGAAGACUGAUCCCGAGGCUCCACAGACGCAGCUUCAAAGGAGGCCCACGAUCGGUCUACCUGGAAACCCCAGAGCCAAGGCAACGGCUAUGCCUGCCGCUACCAGCGGCACCGAUGAUGCUGAGAGCAAGCAAGCGCAGCAGCAGCAGCAGCAGCAGACCAUCAUGUUUGUUAACAACAUCACUUACAAUGAUCCAGAAACCGUUCAGAACAUUAUUGAUGAGGCCAAUAACAAUAUGAUCAUGGAUGAUCAUAUGGAUGACUUCCCGUUGAAGAAAAGGACAAACUCGAUGGUUCACAGGCCCAGGCCGAUUCCAAGGAAGCCAGAAAAGGACCGCGUCAUCUUCCCUGCUGAGCCUUCACCUAACCAGAUGAGACAUAGAAGGUCAAAGUCGGGCGGCUCGUUGGCAAGCCGGCGCUCCGUUCUGCGGUCAGCUCCCGGUAGCCCGACCCAGCUACCGCCACUGCCACCUUGUCCGAAGAGUGCCAAUGGUGUGACCAGGCCACAGCCGAACGACACCAAGAGCAUGACAUUUGACGAGAAGAUGGACCUGUUCUACGCUGUUGACAAACCGGUUACGCCUAGGCCUGCAGUUCCACCCGUACCGUCGAAUUUCUUUGAAAUGAGCGACACAAAUACACUUCACGAAGAUGAGGAUGACAGAAAAUCACGGGCUACUCAUAGGACAACUAGGUCUUCAUUCAAGACGGAAAGCGUUCUUGACUUCUCACCCACGGAACCCGCAGGAAUACGGCAAGCCCAAGGAUCGACCAAUGUGGCAACCAGCGAGCAUGAGGACCUGUACUUCAUUUCGGGAAUCGAGGAGACUGUCCCGCAAAAUCGACCUUCGAUUGGUAACGCCUCGAAACGCGCAUCUUCCCCAGUCAUUCCACCAGUUCGAGACUCUGCCUGGACUGAUGCCUCGGAUACGAAAGCAUGGACAGAAGCCGAGACAGCCUGGGGUUCUCUCCACUCGCCUGUGGUCGCGAUAAAUAUCCAGAAGGAGAAAGCAAAGGAGCUCGAGAUUGCUCGUGCCAGUGCGCAGGAAGAGGCGAAGGAUGACCAGAGGCUGAGACCCAACGCCAACAUCGUUUCUGAACUUUUCGACAACCGAGACGACGGCCGCGAAACUAUGGUGUUUAUGCUUGACCCUUCGAUGGUACAGGAGCAGUCCCAGAAUGUCAAGGAGGAGCAACCCCAGAAUGUGGAGGAGGUGAAGGAGGAGGAGCCGAUGCAGGAGGUCAAGGAAGAGCAGUUUGAGCAAGAGGUAUUUACGGCGGACGAUGAGAUGACCUUGCCUAGCACAGUGUUCCCUGGCUGGCAUAGGCGUGUCGGCGACGACUGCCCGACGUUCUCUGAGCGCAAGGAAAAGAUGCGUUCCCGAAUGCCGCCUCCGAUCCCUCUCCUGCUCAGGCAACCUUCUACGAGAAACCCUGUGAUUGUCAAGGCUGCCGAGCCGUCGCCCCUGGAGUCGCCAGAGCAAGCCCUCCAAAUGAUUCAAGCGCAGCUCAGGAAGAUUGACCAACCAAACCGGGACUCUUACGAGAGCCAAGGCACGCGCAAUGCACUUUUGGAAAACCUGGAGAAAGAGAUGGACGUGCAACAGGGCCACUGGGAGGAUAUGAAACACGGCCUGAGGGACUCGCUAUCAACGGUCCGCACUUCACUGACGAUCGAAUCACGCCCUCAGUCGUUGGCCAGGUCACCCUUCCUAGAUGCUGCCCGCGCGUCCAUGACUAUUUCAUCCGAGCGCAAGACAACUAGGAGGAGUGUCGCGACUAUCAAGUCUAGCAGAUGGCAGGACCGCCUCGCAGAGGCAGAGGAGGAGUAUGCCGACAAUGCACCGGAGCGCCUGGCCACGCGCGAUAGGAACUUCCUGACGCUUUCACAGAUGGGAAGCCCGACACCGCCUGAUACGGAUGAUUCUCAAGACCACAAGGACUACAAGUCGCUCAACGCGGAGGUCAAUGACCGGUUGGAGAACGAGUCAGUUGGGGCUUACACCGCCAAUCUCAAUCAAGUCGCAUCUCCAAAGGCUCUUUGGCGACCCGUGACACAGCAGACUGCAACCCCAGCAGUCUCCCUUCUCUGGGCCCACAUCCCCGCUCAAUCCACCCAAGUGCAGGCCUCUCCGAUCGAUCAAGGGUCAUCAGCUCGCACUGCACCCCGGAAGGAUUUCGAGCCCCUCACCAUUGAGAGCCGUCAGCUAUGGCAGCAAAGCUGCAAUGCUACCAAGCGGUCCCCGAGCGGUCUGUGGCAACCGCCCUACGCUCAGAGGCAGUCGGCCAUCGCUGCCAAGACUCCUGCCCCCAGCAAAGUAGUCAAGGAAGAGCCUCGCGCCGUCGAGAAACCUACUCGUCCGGUCACUGUUAGGCCGCCGCGAAGAAGCCGCCGCAUAACACUACUCCCUGACAUCAUCGAGGACCCUCAACCGCUUCCUGACAAGAGGGGCACUCUCGGCAUCUUCCAGUUCCCUUGGGGCGAAAAGUCGGACACGGGCGUCGUGCAACCCCGUCAGAACAUGUUCGCCAUACCAGGUACCAUGGCAUCCGGAGGCCCGGCCCUCAGUGCUGCGCUCCAGGCGCGCGCUAGGGAGAUCGAAGAGACGGAAUACUCAUCUUCCUUCUUUGAUGACUACGAGGAUGAGGACGAUGGUGACAACAUUGAUGAUUCUGAGGAGGAAGGCGAGAACUCUGGUGACGACUUUGACGAGACCACGCUUUGGGAGAUUGCCAGUCUGCUCAAGACCGACUCUAUUCCAUCCAAGAACAGCCUCCUGCCGCCCCGUGACGUCUCCACUAGCUCCGUCGUUGAUGACUACAUGGAAGAGGUUGAUGACGCCCGCGAGUCCAUCGUGGUCGGACUUGAAGAAAUUCUAGAGGAGGACGAGGAGGUCGCCGCCCAAUCUACUGUUGUACCUGCGCUGUGGACCCCUGCCUUGUCCGUCCAGGAGAAGAGGCGCAGCCAGCAUGGUCUUGGGGUUUCCCAGCCCGACUCGGUUACCUGGAAGAGCUACGACAACAUCUCGGAAACCAUCCGCUCGCAGCCCAGGCAGUCUCAGAUUGAGCCCAUCGAGACUGAUCAGCUCUGGUCAUCUGCUGGGUCGACCAAGAAGUCUGUUGUCGUCGCCAUGUGGUCUGCUGCCACAGUUGUUUCACAGGUCAAGGGCAACCACGGCAAGGGCCUUCCGCAGCCUGAUGCCUCCACCUGGGCCAUGUAUGAUGCAGUCCAAGAAACUGUCAGGAGCAAGCCGCGCGUUCCUGAGGAGCCCCUGGUUAUCGAGAGCACCAGCCUGUGGCAGUCUGCUGGCCAGUCAGUGAAGAAGGCUACUGCUAUGUGGUCUGCUGCUAGAGUUGUUUCCCAUGUUAAGGGCAACCACGGUAAGGGUGUCUCUCAGCCUGAUGAGGCCACAUGGAGCAAGUAUGACGUUGUGCGUGAAACCUCACGCGCAAAGCCACGCCAAACCGAGCCUGCCACCAUCGAGAGUCAGGCUCUUUGGGUUGACUCUCCGCCAGUGUCUCCCAAGGCUGAGAUUAACUGGAGCCAAGCAGGCUCCAAGGCUGUCUCUAGCCCCAAGGCACCUAUGCUAGCCCCGGCCGUCGCCACGGCUGGUGUAUGGUCUGCAUCGAGCGUUGUUCCAAAGGCGCGUGGUAACCACGACAAGGGUGUAGCCCAAACGCACGAGUGGGAUCUGUACAAUGUUGCCACGGAGACUAUCCGCGCGAAGCCCCGUCAAGCUGAGCCUGCUAUUAUCGAGAGCCAGACUUUGUGGGUUGAAUCUACACCAGUGUCGCCCAAGACCCAGAUUGACUGGAGCCAAGCAUCCUCUAGCGCCAAGGCAUCCAUAACGGCGGCCUCAACUGUCGCUACAACUGGUGUCUGGUCCGCCUCGAGCGUUGUCCAGCGGGUACGCGGUGACCACGGCAAAGGCCUCGCUCAGCAGAGCGACUGGGAGCUGUACAGUGCUGCCACGGAGACCAUCCGCACAAAGCCACGCCAGUCGGAGCCUGCAAUCAUCGAAAGCUCUGAUCUUUGGUCCUCGUCGGCCCAGCCUUCCCGGACCGAGGUGAACUGGAGCCAAGUUGGCAUUACUGUUCAGUCUAGCCCCAAAACCACCGUGGGAACAUGGACUGCUGCCAGUGUCGCAACGACCAUCCGUGGUGAGCAUGGCAAGGGCCUUUCGCAGCCAGCCGAUUGGAACAUGUAUGAUGCUGCUACAGAGACCAGCCGCGCAAAGCCCCGUCAAGCCGAGCCGGCCACCAUUGAAAGCUCUUCCCUCUGGGCUUCACCUCCUCAGUCCCCUCAGGCUGCAAGAGACUGGAGCACGGUCGGGUCGACCUCGACACCUCAGUCGCCCAUGUCCGACGCCUCCGCCGUCUCUUCCGUUUCCGCGGUGGCAACUUUCGGUGUAUGGACUGCAACCACCGCCCUGAAGGCUCGAGGUGAGCACAACAAGGGCCUUCCGCAGCCAGAGAACUGGGAGCUGUACGAUGCCACGACAGAGACCGUCAGGGCAAAGCCCCGCAAGGCUGAGCUUGCCGCUGUUGAGAGCACCAGCAUGUGGUCUGAACCGACUCCGGCAAAGACGGUCACUGACUGGAGCAAAGUCGCUGUCAUCAAACCGCCCAAAGUCCCCGAAAGCCCCAAGUCCCGGCCGUCGACACCUGUACGAAAGGUGCGGUCCAGGGCCAACACCAUCUCCCCCGCCCACAGCCUGCUCUCGACCCCGACGAGCACACCGCGCAUCAGAACCGACAACUGGCCACUUUGGCCUCUCUGGACGCCUGUGCCGCGCACACCGAUCGUCUUUAAGAACAACGGUGGUCUUUUCCAGCCCUGCCCGCCGAAGCCCAACCGACGCACCACUGAUGAAGAGCCUGCCGCCAUGGAGAUGGAGCGUUAUAUCCGCGGCCCUGACUACAAGGAGCUGGAUAAGCUAGAGUCCACUGCUAUGUGGACUCUCCCGGCUGCUGCCAAGGCACAGGAGACCAACUGGAUCAAAGCUGCGUCAUCAUCGAGGAUGGAGAAGAAGGUUGCUACGGCGGCUCAGUGGGAGCUCGAGCUCAACGAGGCUGUGGAGAAGAGCUACCCUUCAGAUUGGAUGCCUAGGAUGUCGGCGUCAGUCGAUGACUGGGAUGCCGCCCUCAAGGUUGCCGUCAUGCUGUCGCAGAUUCCCGACCAUGAGUUCCCCAUCGAGGAGGCCCCCGCGCAAAAGCCCAAGGCCCCUGUCGAUUACAGCCACCGCAGGGUUAGUGCCGAUGAUUGGGAUGCUGCCCUCGAGGUGGCACUCAUGAUGUCCAACCUGCCCGAGCCGAACCACCCUGUGGCUCCUGUCAAGACCAAGUCCCCCGUUGACCGCAGCCAUCGUAACGUGACUGCGGCCGACUGGGCUGCCGCUCUCGAGGUCGCCAUUGGCAUGUCCGAGCCAGUGGCCGCACAGCAGGCAGCCUACGGCGAGCGGAUGCCUACUGGGUUCAGUGCCGACAACGACAUCAUGGCCCAGAUCAGGGCACUCGAGGAGGAGAGGAUGUUUGCCGAGCAGCAGGCCGAGCGCGGAUCCAUGUUCCCGGGUUCGUACCAACAGUCUCAGGAGGGGCAGUUCCAGCCCCUUGUGCCCCAGGUCGCGCCCCUGUCGCAGGAGAACAACUACUGGACGCCUCAGGAUCAGCAGCAGUACGACAGCUACCCGGCCCAGGGCCAGUACGUCGACUACUCGGCUCAGCAACAGUUUGCUGCUCCUGCAGCGCCCCAGCAGACGACCUACCCCAGCGUUUUCGUGGGCGCUGACGGUCAGAUCUACCACUAUCCCUCGCAGCCUGUCGAGGAGCCGCAGCCUCAACAGCAGCAGCAGCAGCAGCAGCCAAAUGAGGAUGAGCAGGCUACCCAAGGAAUGGGUAACCGUGUUACGCUCAAGUAUUAA